AUGGGUCAGUGUCUAAACCCAAUGAACUGUAUGUACAUUGGUAUUCUAAAUAGUUCUGUGUUCAUGUCGUGGGGUGGUGUUAAAAGUGUAACUGGCAAUACAAGUUUGUCAACAAAUCAAUGGUAUCAUAUUGCUUAUGGUAGUCAGCAAUUACUUUAUUUAAAUGGUAGACUCGAUGGGCAAGGAACAACAACUGGUACUACUCUCAGUACCUCUGGUGGUAAUAUAACCAUUGGUACAACACAAGAUCAAAAUCAAAAUCAAACGUAUUUUAACGGUAAAAUCGGACAGGUCUUAAUAAGUAGGCGUGUAAGAACAUCGGAGGAAAUACUUGAAGAUGCAACAUUAGUUGCCCAUUAUUCAUUUGGUUGCAACGGGGACUUGUAUUUUCAACAAGACAGUGGACCAAAUUAUAUGGAUGGCGCAGGCUCUGACGCUUUAGCGACAACUGCAAAUAGCAUCCAAAACAACAGUCUUCUGUUUAAUUUGUCCACAGCCUAUUUUCAAAUAUCAAAUUUAGUUGCCUUUGGUCAGACAAAUCAACCAUUUUCAAUCUUACUGUGA